AUGAAGACUAAGCUGCAGCUGACACUUAAAAUGAAUGAUCUAGGAGAUAUUAAAUACUUUCUUGGCAUUGAUUUUGCUAGGUCACAAAAAGACAUUCUAAUGCACCAAAGGAAGUACACUCUAAAGCUGAUUUCUAAGAUUGGACUAGGAGCUGUAAAACCUGCAGCAACACCUAUUGAAGCCAACAUCAAACUGUCCACUAAGGAGUAUGAUGAACAUACUGGCAGCUCUAAUGCAACUGAUGAUGAAGUGUUAACAGACAUCAGCCGGUAUCAAAGGUUACUGGGAAAACUACUCUACUUAACUGUCACAAGGCCAGACAUAGCAUAUAGUGUUCAGACACUAAGCCAGUUUAUGCAGAAACCAAAAAGAUCACAUUUGGAAGCUGCUCAAAGGGUGGUUAAAUAUGUGAAGAAUCACCCAAGCCAAGGCAUACUGUUAUCUAACAAACAGAGAAACACUAUCACUGCAUAUUGUGAUGUAGACCGGGCAACAUGUCCUAUCACUAGGAAGUCAAUAACAGGCUUCUUCGUCAAAUAUGGUCAUUCCCUGAUAUCCUGGAAGUCAAAGAAACAAAGCACCAUUUCUAGGAGUUCUGCAGAAUUUGAGUAUAGAAGCAUUGUAUCAACUGUAGCAGAAUUGGUGUGGAUACUUGAUCUGUUCAAAGACAUUGGUAUAUAA